AUGACAUCUUACUUUCAGUCAUACUUCCAAGCAUCGUCUAUGCUCAAGCGCCUUAUUCAAUAUGCGCUUUCACAGUUGGAAAUUCUUGACACUGAGACCAUAGACCUUGAUCAUCUAGAUAUUGCUUGGGGGAAAAAUAGUGUAUUUGAGUUUAAAAAUGUUGGGCUUCGAUUAAAGAAACUCGAGAAAUUCCUUCAGUUGCCCGAAUGCUUCAAGUUUUCGAAAGCAAAAAUCGAAUUACUUCGCCUUACAAUACCAGUGGAUAUCUACAGUAGCUCGGUAAUGGUGGAAAUAGAGGGCGUCGAGAUUCAAACUCAAUUAAAACCACACCCAAAUGAAGACAAUUGCAACAACGUUUACAUAUCUAAAAUAACGAAACCAAAACCAUUGAAAAAACAGCUACGUGAGGAUAUCAACAAGUUAUCAAAAAGUAGGGGAUUGGGUGACGAAAAUUAUUCAGAAAAGAGCUACAUUUUCAAUGCGACUAACCUAGCUCAAUCUUUCUUGCAGAUAGAGUCCGAGGAGCGUAAGCUUGAAUUAGAAGCUGCUGUACUAUCAGAUAUACGGAGCUGUGGGACUUUACCUCCACUGAGUGACGAUGAAAUUGCUCCGGUAUGGGCAGGAGCGCCCAUGGCUCUCCCAAAAUUUAUGGCUCGGUUUCUUCAAGGAAUGAUUGACCGCCUUCAAAUUAGGAUACGAGAUAUUGAUGUCAGCUUGAAUUUAGACAUUCAGCAUGAUGGAUCAAAACCACAAACUCCUUUCGAAACACCUGACCCUGUAACAAUUCGGUUGAGAAUUAUGAAGAUUGAUGUUGAAGGUAUGACGCACAAUCUUGGAAAGGAAGAUAAGAGCAGUGGUGCUAAUGGAAGUAAAAACAAACCUGGAAACAGACUUAUUUGCUUGUCUCAAAUUCAAGGAUUUGUGAAAUCAGAGGAUAAUACUUUUUCUGCCUUGGCAAGCCCCUCUUCAUUUCAAUCUUAUUCAAAUCUAGACCCGAGUUGUAAUAUUUUCAAAUCAUCCGAUGAAGCUGCUUCGUUUAACCAGGAAAAUUCUAAUGUCUUACCACGAAUGUCUUCUCUGCAAAACCUAGCAGAGACUAUGAGAGAUCACCAACCCUCUUGUGUCCCAGAUCCAUUUUUGGAUAAUACUCGUGAUAAACCAUUAAGAAAUUACGACGAAUUUGACCAAGGAGAAAACAGGCAUAAUAACGAUUCGGGCUUGAAAAAGAGUACUUUGGGUCAUUUUGAUCAAGUGCUAAACACUCAAACUUUAAAUACUGAUACUGACCAAGGUGUACGUCUCCAUCCUCUCCCUUAUGAUCUCCCAACGGAAAGAGAUGGUGCAACAUUAGUAAACGUUUCGAUUCCAUUUUAUACCCCCUCAUAUCAAGAACCUUUCAAAACUAGUCAAUGUAUAACUCAGCAAUCCACACCAAAUUUAAACCCAAACCCCUUAUUGAAACUAUCACGGCAGCAGAUCUCACACGCUCAUUCAGUCUUACCUGGAUACCUUUUAGGUUGCCAAGCAAGUAAAUUAAACUCUGACGCUGAUAGUUUGGACUCCUUAAACGACUCCAACAUAACAUCUCUCUGUAAUAAAAGACCUGAUGCAUCUUAUAAUGAAGAUGACCUGACUAAAUCUCAGUUAUUCAGUCACGAAGAAGCAGAAAGCUUAUACCUGAGCGCCAUAUCAUAUAUCAGCCCUGGGGAUCAAACAGGUGAAAACCUACCCGAACCAAGCCCUAGAAUCAGUGGCGCUUCCUCAACACCUGAUAUCACUCGUUUUAGUCAGAUGAAAGUAGAUGAAGGAAUUACCCCUAACAAUUCUUUACAUUCAUUUGAAUCUUCACUUCCUACCCAAGGUCAAUUAGUAGAUGAAGCAUACGGUAUUGCAAGAGCAUUCUCACCUUCAACUCAAACUUCUCAAAUAAAUCAAAAUAGAAAAUAUUCCGGUCAAUUUGAAAACUCGGAAAAUGGGUUGCAUACUUCCGCGAUAGACGCUGGAGAAUCUACCGAGCUGUCAAGACAAAUAAUCGACAUCAAGUAUGUCCGUAUUUACGUGCCAAGCGUUCAACCUACAAAUUCAGACGGGGUCAAACCCAGUCCCGAUAGCCCCUCUGCAAACUCUUCGCUCGAUAUAUCGGCAGGAUUUACACCUUCAAGUAUGCCUGGUGCCUUUGGUCUAAACUCAAUGAACCUAGAAGCUCAGCCAGAAACAAAAGAAGAAUCAUCUAAGCCUGUACCUAAAGAGGCCCAAACUGAUACUAGAAUACAGAGGGACGGGAUUGAAGUAGAAAUCGGGAGGACUUCUAUCCAGUUUGAUUUCUCUGUGGGAAGAUUAAUUCUUAAGGCUUAUGAACACGUGAUAAGCAUGGUCAAGUAUGAUACUACAAAAAAAUCCUCCAAACAAGGUAAAAGUUCGACAGAUGUAUUAUUUAGACUAAAAUCUGAUGAGAUAUUUGUCAAUUUCCUCGAUAACCUUGGAUGUAUCUCACCUAUCGGUGGAUACCGAGAAUCAGAUCAAAGAAUGGCCGAUACUCUUCUGCAGGUUCGUUUAAACGGGCUUAAUGUAAAAUACCAUUCCUGUGAACUUGAGACACGAUUAUCAAUUACCCUCAGAAAGUUCUUAUUUGGCUACAAGGAAGAAAGUAUUUUAUCGUUUACAACAGAUAGUCAAUUCCGACCUUCCACGCGAGAUCUGGAAACCUCAUCUAGCGUACAAAUUUCAGCCCAAAUAACUCAAACACCUAAUAGUUUUAGAUGUGAAAUCAAAACUUUACCCAUUCAACUCACGAUAAACCUUCAGAAACUAGAUGAAGUUUUCAGCUGGUUGGGGGGACUUAGCACUGUCUUAAACCUCGGCUCCUCAAUAGCUUCAAACACAACUAUAGCUGCCGACAAAGCUAACGCUCGAUGUGUGAGGUUUGAGGGCUCAAAUUCGCCUGAAACUACAUCAGAUUUGGCUGAAAAAAAGGUAGAUAUUAGAAUUGCAGGGCUUAAUCUUGAAUUAGAGGGAUCUCAAUGCAGUCUAUCCCUUAUGACAAGCACUAUCAAAGUUGUUAGCAGGGACGAAGGAAUAGGUCUUUCGAUACGAAAAAUAAAAUUAUCAGGCCCUCACCUUCAUCAGUCAAACGAUGAACCGGCCAUUACUGUAGAUAUUACAUCCACAAGGAUUGAAUUUUUGUCUUCACCCAAAAAUUCUGAUCUGGAUCGCCUAUUAUCUCUGAUAACUCCAUCAAAAACUAAGUAUGGCCAUGACGAUGACAUAAUCUUGGAUACUCUGCUCCUUCAACGAAGAAAGGGUGCACUAUUACGUAUUUCUAUCGAAGAGCUGAAAACUGAUAUCGGAAAACUAAAUGAGUUAAAUUAUCUCCCUGAAGUUUGGGAAGAAAUUUUAAGGCUAGCCUCAGUUGCGAAAUACCUACCUGAUGAUGAUCGUCCCGGGCUACUUUCACUAGGUUUCAUCCAGAAGAUUAAUUUUCAUGUUGACUCUAACCAUGUAUUGGGCAACAUAGAUUUAUCAAUCUCAGACCUUGAAGUUGCUCAGAUUACCCUUCCAGCACUCCUCGCUUUCAGUAUUGGAAAUCUUUCAGUUAGACGGAAUACUGUUGAAAUACUAAUUGAGAAGUCGAGAAAUCAAAUAACACCAGAACUAGGUGUCAGGAUGCCCAUCAUUAUGGCAAGAAUUAUUGGAAAUGAAAUGGAGCCAGUCAUAAAGAUCAAGAUGCGUAAUUUAAACGUAGAAUAUCGCCUCUCUAUUCUUACAGCAUUGGUCGAGUUUAUUCAAACUUUUGUAUCUCAUGAAUCUCUGGCCAGCGCUUCUGUAUCUCUGGCAGCAUUAACAGAUUUUAACAGAGAAAUAGGCUCCAUAUCAUCUUUGCAAAGAACUCGAUUAUUAUCAACGGGAGAAUCUGCUAAACCAUUAGCAAUUGAUAUAGAUUUCAGAAAUUGUGUUUUAAGUCUAAAUCCAUUAGAGCCGCCUUCGAAAAUGCUGCUUAUUAUGACUGAAGCCCAUUUAAACGUUAUACUUCCAAGGUACGACAGUGCUGAUAUUUUAGUAGAGCUGGGAAAAGUAUCUAUCCUUAUCAUAGACGAUGUAGUAAAUUUAACUCAAAGAGAGGAAAGCCCAAUACGAAAUCAAAACCUCUAUGACAAAAUAAAUCAUGUUUCUCAUUUCUGUGCGAUGGGCUACGUCUCUGUUGGCUACAUCUCUUCAACUAAGGCCAAGCUUCGAAUACGAAACUGUGAAGAGCAAAGUGUAGACGUGGAAGUUUGUGAUGCUUUAAUAGUCCUUGAGUCUUGCGCAGACUCGACGAAAACUCUUAUUGAUAUCGUUAAGGGCUUAAUUCCAUUGACUGUUGUCUCUAAUGAAGAAAGCAAAUAUCGUACCAAAGUGGUACCUGUUGAUGACUUGCUCUCAUCCCUUUCAGCAGACGCGUUUGGGACAGCAGAGGGUGACUACAAUUUUGAUGAUGAUUUUUGCUUCGACGAAAACAGUGAACUAGGACUCCCUGCGGUAGAAUUUGAGGAGGGUGAAGAUUUCAGUUUUGGGUCGCAGUAUCUUCACCAUAAAAUUGGAGAAACCUUCAGUUUCAAGGAGCUUCCUGAAAGCCUUUCUCAUCUAACAACAAGGGAUAGCCAGGAUAGUGAACUACUCAAUAGUUUUAUAGAAAGAUGUGAUACAGAUGAUGAUGAUGAAGCUGAACUAGAAUUUCAGGAAAACUAUUUCGAAACUGGCGCGGCUUUUAAAGGUAAUAACCAUAUAUGGAAUUCAGCUAAAAACGCGUAUGAAAGAUCAGCUACAGAAAAAGUAAGAAUAUCACCGAUUAAAGUAACUAUUCGCGAUAUUCAUCUAAUAUGGAACCUUUUUGAUGGUUAUGAUUGGCCACACACACGCGACGUCAUCACGAAAGCAGUUCGAGAUGUAGAGUCAAAAGUUAUAGAAAAACUGGCGCGUCAAAAUGGACAUAAUAAUCCAGAGGCUGAUAUGAACGACGAUGAAGAGAGCGUCAUUAAAGACUUUUUAUUUAACUCGAUAUACAUCGGUGUCUCAGCAAACAGAGAUCCUCGUGAACUAGCUAGAGCAAUUAAUCAGGAAUUAAACGAUAGCAGUUUAGAUACGGAAUCUAUUGUGACUACAGCAUAUUCUGGCCCUGCAAACAGAUUAUCGAAUGUUCGAAACACGAAGAUGAGUAGGCUUCAGCUAAACCGAAGUAAGCAUCAUAAAAUUUCAUUUGAAUUGCAAGGGGUUCGUGCAAAUUUCAUUGCGUUCUCCCCCAGCGAUGAUGAGACACAAAGCUCUCUAGAAAUUUUUGUGCAUGAUUUUGAGAUUUUCGACCACUUGCCAACAUCAACGUGGAAGAAGUUUGCAACUUACAUGCAAGAUGCUGGAGAAAGGGAAAGCAAUUCCAAUAUGAUCCACUUAGAAAUCUUAAACGUGAAGCCAAUUGCCGAGCUUACAGCAUCCGAAAUUGUCAUGAGAGCGACAGUGUUACCUUUGCGGCUCCAUGUUGAUCAAGAUGCACUGGACUUCAUAACGAGAUUUUUCGAGUUUAAGGAUGAUACGGCUCCAGUUCAGACGUCUGGUGGUGAGGUGACUUUUUUUCAGCGUGUUGAGAUAAAUACAAUUAGAAUCAAGUUAGACUUUAAACCAAAGCGGGUCAAUUAUGCAGGUCUUCGAUCGGGACACACAACUGAAUUUAUGAACUUCCUAAUCCUAGAUGAGGCCGACAUCGAACUUCGACAUACUAUUAUCUAUGGUAUUCUAGGACCCGAAAAGCUUGGAAAGUGCCUGAAUGAUAUAUGGAUGCCAGAUGUCAAGAGGAAUCAGCUUCCUGGAAUUUUAGCUGGUCUUGCUCCUGUUAGAUCACUUGUAAAUGUUAGUGGUGGCUUCCGGCAUCUCAUUAUUGUUCCGAUGCGCGAAUACAAAAAAGAUGGCCGAGUUAUGCGUAGCAUGUCAAAAGGUGCUGUUGCAUUUGCUAAGACCACAGGUACUGAGCUCAUUAAACUCGGAGCCAAGGUUGCUAUUGGUGUUCAGACUGUCCUUCAAACUGCAGAGGAAAUUAUAGGGUCUACUGAUGAACAUGUCAUGCACAGAGAAUAUAUGGAUCAUUCUGAAGAGCCGCACAGUCAGAUAAGUCUUUAUGCUAAUCAACCUGUUGGCGUUCUACAGGGUCUCCGUGGCGGCUACAGCAGCCUACAGCGCGACCUGAUAACGGCACGGGACGCCGUUAUCGCUAUACCUGGUGAAAUGAUGGAGAGUGGUACGGCUGUGGGCGCGUUGAAGGCGGUUGGAAAAUACUCGCCAACAAUUAUUCUACGACCAGCCAUUGGUGUUGCAAAAGCCGGUGGCCAAAUAUUGAUGGGAGCGACUAAUUCCCUUGAUCCAGUCAAUCUAAGGCGAGCCGAAGCAAAAUACAAGACGCAUUAA